UUUGAAAAUAAACUAAAGAACAACGCAAGCUUGCAUUUCUUUUAGACACAGUCGACUGUUUCUUUGUCGUAAUUCUGAAAGAGCGACUGGGUGGGUCGGAUAUACCAUUGCCAAAGCAUCGUCCACGACCAUGAAGGUUCUGUAAUAUCUUAAAAACCUUAUUUCUCCUAUUUGUCCAAAAACAUGUAUGUGAGUAAUCUUCAGUUAGAUGCCCACUUUUUCCUAACUUUCAACUCAAUCCGAACAUCGCCAAAUCUCGGAGUUUCAGUCUCCACAAACACAGGGAUAUCAGCUUCUCCAUCAGACAACACUGAGUCCAUCAAAAAACUAAGAGUUAAACGACCCCUUCAAACAUCUAAUGGAACCGUUAAGAAGUUCAAUAAUAUUUGUAAACAGGGUACAUGUUUGGAGCAAAACCCAGAUAGAGAACAGAGCAAAAACACAAGAGAUACUGACAAAAUUGCGAAAAAGAAGAGUUUAUGGGUUGGAUUGGAUGGAGUUAAUGGGAAUGGUUCAGCUGAUAGAGUGCACACCAAGUGUUCGACGAAAUGGGCAAAUUACGGUGGUUCCAUUCCUUCAAUUUUGCAAGCUUUAGAAACGAUUAAGGAGCUGGAUGAGGCUUUAAAACCGUGGGAGGAUACACUUAGUAACAAAGCAAGGAGCAUAAUUUUGAAGGAACAGUGUAGUUGGGAGAGAGCUUUGGAGAUUUUUGAGUGGUUUAAACGAAAAGGUUGUUACGAAUUGAAUGUGAUUCAUUAUAAUAUUAUUAUUCGGAUUCUUGGAAAAGCGAAGCAGUGGAAACAUCUUGAAUGUUUGUGCAGUGAAAUGAAGUUAAAACGUAUUUCGCCUAUCAAUUCGACUUAUGGUACAUUGAUUGAUGUUUAUAGCAAGGGUGGGUUUAAGGAUAAGGCACUUGCUUGGCUUCAUGAGAUGAAUGAACAAGGAAUGGAACCCGAUGAGGUAACAAUGGGGAGCAUUGUGCAAAUGUAUAAGAAAGUCGGGGAGUUUCAAAACGCUGAGCAGUUUUUUAAGAACUGGUCAUCGCGGGAGUCUUUGAAGUGCAAAAUGUCCAGUAAAGCGGAUGGUAAAGUAGUGGAUGAAUCGCAAAGUAGUCUUACGUUAAGCUCGCAGACAUACAACACAUUGAUAGACACGUAUGGUAAAGCCGGACAAAUUAAAGAAGCGUCUGAGGUUUUUGCAGAGAUGCUCAAAAAAAAGAUAGUGCCCACAACAGUGACUUUUAAUACAAUGAUUCACAUUUAUGGUAAUCAAGGGGAGUUCAAAAAAGUUGCUUUACUUAUCAAGAAGAUGGAAGAGCUUCGAUGCCCGCCUGAUACAAGGACAUAUAAUAUUCUUAUUUUCCUUCAUGCUAAGCACAAUGAUAUAAACAUGGCAGCAAACUACUUUAAAAGGAUGAAGAAAGAUCGGUUACAGCCCGACCUGGUGAGUUACCGUACCCUUCUGUAUGCAUUCUCAAUAAGGCAUAUGGUCAGUGAUGCAGAAGGUUUGGUUUCGGAGAUGGAUGAAAGGGGUUUAGAUAUCGAUGAGUAUACACAAUCAGCUUUGACAAGAAUGUACAUAGAAGCUGGGAUGCUUGAGAAGUCAUGGUUGUGGUUCAAGAGGUUUCAUCUCGCAGGAAAUAUGAGUUCUGAGUGUUACUCUGCCAAUAUUGACGCAUUUGGCGAGCGUGGCCAUAUUGCGGAAGCAACUAAAGUUUUCGCAUGUCGAUUGGAGCAUAACAAACUUAGUGUCCUUGAGUUCAAUGUGAUGAUAAAAGCAUAUGGUUUGCGAAAGAAUUACAAGAAAGCAUGCGAUUUAUUUGAUAGCAUGGAGAGUCAUGGUGUGGUUCCGGAUAAAUGCAGCUAUAGUUCGCUCAUACAAAUUUUGGCUAGUGCAGAUUUGGCGGAUAAAGCAAAAUUCUAUCUUGAGCAGAUGCAAGAGGCGGGACUGGUUAGCGAUUGUGUCCAGUACUGCACUGUGAUCUCAAGCUUUGUGAAAUUAGGUAAACUCGAAAUGGCCGAGGAGCUCUAUAAGGAGAUGAUUAGCUUUGAUGUGAAGCCAGAUGUUAUAGUUUACGGUGUAUUGAUAAAUGCGUUUGCCGAGAGUGGAAGUGUUAAGGAAGCUAUCUUCUACAUUGAUGAAAUGAAAAAGACGGGUUUGCCCGGUAAUACAGUCAUAUAUAACUCCUUGAUCAAGCUUUAUACAAAAGUUGGCUACUUGAGAGAAGCACAAGAGACAUACAAACUGGUUCAAUUAUCGGGUGUGGGCUCUGAAGCAUAUAGUUCAAACUGUAUGAUAGAUCUAUACUGUGAGCAAUCUAUGGUCAAACUAGCUGAAGAGAUUUUCGAGAGCAUGAAGAAGAAAGGCGAUGCAAAUGAGUUUACUUAUGCAAUGAUGUUAUGUAUGUACAAAAGACUUGGGAGAUUCGAAGAAGCGAUUAAGAUUGCAAAACAGAUGAGGGGAUUGGGACUCAUCACUGACUUGUUGAGCUACAAUAGUGUGCUUGGGCUGUACGCUUUGGACGGACGAUUCAAAGAAGCGGUGGGAACUUUCAAGGAAAUGGUAAGAGCUGGUAUGCAGCCUGAUGAAUUCACCUAUAGAUCUCUUGGCAUUGUUUUAGUGAAAUGUGGAAUAUCAAAGCAGGCCACUAGUAAGCUGGAAGCAACUACCAAGAAGGAUCCUCACAGUGGCUUGCAAUCAUGGCUUGCGGCCCUCUCUGCUGUAAUUGAUGUCGAUGAUGCCGAUGAAUCUUCCAUAGUUUGACGGUCUAGAUGUAAUAAUCUGUAAAUUCUGAAUACAUUUUGUAAUAUUUUAUACUAUAAUUGCCUGAUGAAUCGAUUUUGAUGAAAUAGAAAUCUGUACUCCAAAUCCUCAAUUGGGAGUGUUCAACUUC